AUGGGUUUCGAUGGGAUUUUGCUGAAAUCCGUGCUGGAAAGUUUUGUGGAUGAAAUUGCAGAAGAGUCUGCUGAGCUAAUUUUGGAGCGACCACGAUAUGCCUAUGCAGUAGUGCUGAUUGCUGAUGAUCAGGAAUUAUGCGAGGCGAGCUGCGUAAGGCAAUUGGACGUAGAAGUUUUGCAAACCGGUGACAAUUCCUCAAGCUAUCAAGAAGACUACGAUUCGGACAUACAGCGAGCAUUACGAGAGCUGAAGGAAUCAAGAGAUCUUCUAGCAACCCCUAGAGGAAGUGUAGCCAUAGACACCAAUACUGUGGUAUGCAUGUUUUUUGUUACUUCAGAAAAAUAA